GCGUGUGUAAUUCUCAAAUGUAUAUAAAAAAGUAAUAAAAUAGAAUAUACACACUUGAGUGGAAGUUUAAGUUGAUUUAGUCUUGUCAGCAAUUUAACCUCCUCAGCUGUUGUGACGAUUAGAUUUGCGCAAUAAUGGAUAUAUUUAAUUUUAAUAUAAUUAAUUUGAAUAAAAUAUACAUUAAAAAAUAAAUAUUUAUUUCAUGCAGUGUUUUUGUGUUAAUAAAAAAAUUAAACAGUUUCUAAAGCGAAUUUAAAAUAAUCACAGAAGGUCACUUCUGUUAUCUUGUACGUCGUAUAAUCGACUAGUGAAAUAAUCUCCGAUAAAUUUUAUUAUAAAUUUAUGUAAUUAUAAUAAUAAAUUCAAUAUGUGCUGGAGCAAGUACAGAAACACUACAAUUACUAUUUAUAAAAGUGAAUCUAUUUGAUUUCUUUUUAUAAUAUUUUUUAUUUAAUUGUUAUUGUUAUUAUUAUUAUUAUUUUUGUAAUUGCGCUGUCAUAAGUGAUCGCAACGAUGACAAUUUCAAAUAAUUUCAUUGUGUUCUGCCUGAUCGCUUCAAUUGCACUGAUCAACAAAAUUUGCAAUGGAGCAUCCACAGAUAUUGAACUGGAUGCCAAAGCACAGUUUUUACAUCGCCUUGACAGUAUCAAUCUGCUAAUAUACACAUUUUUACUAACACUCACCGUUCUGACUAUCUGGACAUUUAAACAUCGCAGAUUGAGAUUUCUCCACGAAACGGGUCUUGCUGUAAUUUAUGGUCUAAUUGUUGGAGCGAUUAUCCGAUACGCAUUAAAGACAACUGAUGGAAAUAAUACGAUUCAUCAUAUGCCAGUUGUGACAGAUACCGAGCACAGCAGAUACAACCAGUCAGUACCACCAGACUCCUUGUGGAUUCGCUUUCCUGAAGACAAAGGAGGCGGUAAUAUUAAGAAUAAAACUUUUUCUUACUCGUUUAGAGGAGAAAUUUAUAGAGAAGAAGAUGAAAUUUACUAUAUGGCUACAUUUGAUCCAGAGGUAUUUUUCAAUAUCAUAUUACCUCCGAUAAUAUUUCACGCUGGUUAUAGUUUGAAACGAAAAUAUUUUUUCCGUAAUCUCGGUGCCAUUCUGAUGUUUGCUCUUAUAGGCACUACAAUUUCAUCAGUAGUUAUUGGAUUGUUAAUGUAUGGAUUUUUCAAACUAGUACCGAAUAUAUCCGAGUCAUUUGGAUUUCUCGAUACGCUGUAUUUCGGAGCGUUGAUAUCACCGACAGACCCAUUGACAAUAAUAUCAAUUUUUAAUGAUCUACAUGUCGAUGUUAAUUUAUAUGCUUUAGUUUUUGGUGAGAGUGUUUUGAAUGAUGCGGUAGCUAUAGUAUUAAGUGGGUCAAUUCAAAAUUAUGGAGCGAGAUAUCAAACAGGAACUGGUGGCUUUGAAACCCUAGCGUUCUUCCAAGCACUGAGUGAUUUUCUUCGCAUAUUCGGAUUAUCAUUAUUGAUUGGCGCAACAAUGGGUUGUGUCACUGCGCUACUGACGAAAUUCACGCGGGUACGUGAUUUUCCGCUGCUGGAGUCAGCCUUAUUCGUUUUGAUGUCAUACAGCACAUUUUUAAUCGCCGAAGCCGCUGAUUUAACCGGUAUCGUAGCGGUGCUUUUCUGUGGUAUCUGCCAAGCUCAUUAUACCUACAACAACCUGAGCAUAGAGUCGCGACAGCGCACGAAACAGCUGUUUGAGCUCCUAACUUUCCUCACCGAAAACUUCAUAUUCAGCUACAUCGGAGUGUCGAUGUUUACGUUCCCGAAACAUCGCUUCGAGCCAGGGUUCAUCAUCGUGGGAUUCAUUUGCGCGUUGAUAGGCCGUGCAGCAAAUGUUUACCCCCUGGCGUUUAUUCUCAACUUAGCACGCAAACCCAAAAUUUCGAUGAAUUUUCAACACAUGCUGUUCUGCUCAGGUCUAAGAGGGGCCAUGAGCUUUGCCUUAGCAAUAAGAAAUACUGUUUCCGACGCACGACAAUCAAUGUUAACAACUACAAGUCUUAUUGUUAUUCUUACUGUUAUACUUCAAGGUGGUAUGACCACACAAUUCCUUAGUUGGUUUAAAAUUCCAAUCGGCGUAGACGAAGAAAUAGAAGGACUUACUUCAUCAACAUCCGCCACUCAUGGUCAAGUUAGACAUACUAGUGGCGUCGACAGUGCAUGUGGAUACGCUUGCGAUGGAAAUCUGCAGCUACAUCGAGGCCAAAGUCCUCCGUACAAUUCGAUGCAGGAUAAUUGCUCACAGGGAGACGCGGGCAGUACGGGUGGAAGUGGUCCGAAUUUAUCAGGACACAAGGCAUCUUCCUCCUCGUGGUCACCGCCAAAUGAAAAGGCUUUCCUAGCGAGGGUUUGGGGUGACUUUGACACCCGCUACAUGAAACCGCUUCUCACACACUCACGGCCAACUCUGCUGGAGACUUUGCCGGUUUGCUGUACACCUCUCGCUAGACUUCUUACCACAGCUCAGCAAUUAUCUCAGGAGGAAUUAAAUAACGUGAGAAGAGUUGAUUCAGAUUCAGAUUUAUGUCUAGCACACUCGCAUCAGCGCGAUCAGGUAGGAGGGGGGGCAAGUGACUGGAAUACCGGGAGUCUUGAACCGGUAAGUUUUCACCAGUCAAAUAAUUUGAAUUACACUGUUAACCCCUGCUACCAGCCAAAUAACAAUUCUGAAUUUUCUAACUCAACUACAACUACAACAACUGAUGAACCUUAUGUUAUCCUUAACUUGCACAGAAGAUAGAUAUACCAUUGUUAUUGUUGCUAUUUAUUAUUAUUAUAAAUUAAUUGAUACUUAUUUAAUUUCCAUAAAAAAUUUCUAAAAAUUUAAUUAAUUUCAAACGAAGAAAUAUUUUUUUUUUAAAUAUCGUGAAGAAUUAUAUAAAAAGUAUAAGUAGUAUGUUUUUAUUUUGAUGGAAUAAUAGAAGAAUUAAGUAUUGUUUAUUGCUUAUAAAAUAAUUUUUUUUUUUUAUAAUUAUUUUGACAAUUUAAUAUUUUU